GAAAAUGUCACCACUAGUCGGCCCGGUGCAGCCACACUGUCCGGAGGAUCCUGUCUGUGGGAAGUGAGCGGGCAGACAGAGAGGAUGCUGAGGCCUGCCAGUCCCACAACACACCCGUCAUUUACCCGGAGCUUUUAGGCUGGUCCGGGCUAUGGAUGCACCCAUCGCGCAUUUCGACGACGACUGGCCGUGUCCGGGUGAUUUGACCAUGGUUUCAGAGCAGGAGCUGCUGCCGCUGAAAGGCCGUGCAGCAGCAGCUGCAGCCGCCGCCGCCACAGGGGAAGCCGUACCGCAGCUCCUCCUGGACCAUGGUGAUGAUGAUCUCCCCGAGCUGCAUGACAACAGCUUCUCCCCGGGGGAAACCGGAGCUUUCAGGUCCAUGGAGGACCUGGUGAACGAUUUUGAUGAGAAGCUAUCAGCGUGCUUCCGAAAUUUUAACGCGAAGACGGACAGCAUCGCUCCCGUGAGUGUGAUCUCGGAGGACACGCUGCUGCAAAAAGACGAAAUAUGGAACGCUUUAACAAGUAACUACGGGCACGUGAUGCCCGUGGACUGGAAACAGUCUCGAACGCGUUCCCUCCACGUCCCCACGUUCAACCUGGAAGAGAAAACUAGGAAGGCUGAUGUCACGGCGGAGCUCUCGGACGACGAGGAGCUGAGGGAGCAGCUGGACAUGCACUCCAUCAUUGUCUCCUGCCUCGCGGAGGAGCCCCUCUUCACAGCAGAGCAGGUUAUUGAGGAGAUAGAGGAGAUGAUGCAGGACUCACCUGACAUGGAGGCAGCACACAAUCCCUCACAGUCGGACCUCUCGAUGCUCUCAUUGGAUGUCCAGCGGUCCACCAGCAGCUCCAGCUACGAGGAGAGGGUAAGGACCCUGACCGUUGCGGAGCUGAACGAACGCCUGGAGGAGACGGAGACGAACAUCAGGAGGUUCUCGGAGGAGCUGGUGCAGCAGCUGGCUCUCAGGGAUGAACUGGACUUUGAGAAAGAGGUGAAGAACAGUUUCAUCUCAGCACUCAUCGAUGUGCAAAACCGGCAGAAGGAGCACCGCGAGCUGCUGAGGAAGAAGAAGAAGCUUAAAGGUGGAGCCGGGACGUCGCAGGGCCACGCGGAGAAAACACUUGGAUCACGCUUCAGCAUGGAGGGACUCUCCUCCGUCAUUCAAAACAGCUUCCGGCAAACUUUUGGGAGUGGGUGCAGUGAAAGACAGUAUUUGACCACAGUCAUCCCUUAUGAGAAAAAGGGGCAUCCUCCUUCGAUCGAGGACCUCCAGAUCCUGACCAAAAUUCUUCAAGCUAUGAGAGAUGACAGUGACAAGGUGCCCAGUCUCUUAACAGACUAUAUUCUCAAAGUGCUUUGCCCGACGUAGACCAGAGGGAUGGUGCCUAACACUCUGCCGAGGCUUCAGAUAGUUUACAGUGGCAACGAGAUGAAGAGGACCCAUUGUAUUUUACUUUUUUGCAAACAUGAAGCUUAAUUUAUUCCAGCAUGUUUUCACCUCAAGAUGUGUCUUUUUUUUUUGAGUGACGUCCUUCAUUCAGUUGUAUUUAUUUUAUGUGGAGUGUUGUGAUUCUGCAAACCUCGUGUGUUCCUUGUGAAUUCUGACAAGUGUUUUUAAAAUUUUCUGUUCACUGUGGAAAAAAAAAGACUUCUAAACAUGAUAAAUUAUAUAAGAUAUACACCCAGACAGAUAUACCAGUAAAGGAGCUGCACUGUUUUGGAAAACACUGAGCUUUGCUUGUUGGUUAGAAGUAAGAGCAAAGCUGUGUCGCAAAGAGCUUCGCAUUUAUCUCAAGUGCUUCUUAUUCCACGGAGCAAUGAACAAAUGCACAAGGCACAUUGAAGUUGCAGUAAUAGAUAAUUAUAUUUUAAAAAACAACUCGAAAGCAUCAAGAUUGUAAAAUUGAAGAGUAAGAGAAUAUAACACUUUAAUGAUCCCCAGAGGGAAAUUAAGUAUUCCAGUGGCGUAAAGGAACUGCAUUCAGACAAAUAGAAAAAUAUAGGUUAAUAAUAAAUAAAUUAGUUACACAAGAUGAGUGUGCAUAAAUAUAAUGUACUGUACGUGCACAGCCAUCAUGUGAUUCAACACAGCCUUCCAUGUCCCUGCAGAUUUUGUGCUGUUUGUUCUCCUGUGUUGUCAUCUCAGCACAUUCAUCAUCAUUACUCUGUGGAAGAUGAAGAGCUGAUGGCCAAAGUGAUGUAGUCCGGAUUGAAAUGAACUAAUUAACUAACUAACUAUGCAUUUGAGUGAAUACUGAAUUGUGACCCAUGCACUGUCUGUACUCUGAAUCAGAGACCCAAGCGUCAGCCUGUCUGCUGUGCUCAGGGCAGCAGCAAACACCGUGACCACUGGGCAUUGUUUUUUCUGUAUAGUAUUUACAAGCCGCCUUUGCCUUUGCCUUUGCCUGAACUUUUGUACAUUAUAAAUGACUUAUUUUCAGUGAAUGUCAUAUUACUGUUCUAUACUUACUUAUUAACAGCUUCAUUGUUAAUUUAUUUUGUAAAUAAUUUAUUUCAAAUAUAUUGAUAAAAUCAC